UCUUCUAAUGAAAUUGACGAACUUUUGUCUGAAAUAUACGGGCCAAACCACAACAGAGGACACGCCUUGAUCGACCCGAGGUUAGAUAACAUUACCCUUAAAUUUCGUUCUCAUUUGUGCCUCUUGUUGUUUUGAGAUCGUUUGAUUUAUAGUUGCCAACGUUAAUUUUUUUUUCAGAAGACCAAGUACAUUAGAAGCUAGGAUUCGAAGACAAAGUUCGAUCCAUACUACAUCAUCUCCAAUACGGUGAGUGAAAGUGCUUUUUUGUCAACUCAAGAUCAGUCCCUUAAAAAGUUGAUUGUGCAAUGAUAGAAAUAUGAUUUUAAGCCUGAUGAAUACCUGAGAAAGAUGAUUAUUCAGUAGGUAACACAGGCGGCUAUCCAAGUACUCCCAAGGGGAGUUGAACCUAUGACCCUUUCUUCCGAGUCGCCUUACAGUACUCUCUCAAAAGCGGAGUCUUUAUCAGAAUAGUAGGCGUUAUUCGAACAUGCAGCGACUAUAUAUUGUAGUUUGAUAAAACUAGUGAUUUAAGAGCAGACGGCAGACUUUGCUUUGUAGGUGCUUUCUUACUGUGCAUCUAUCACGCUUUCUAAAGUCAUGAACGUUUUUUGGGUCUGUUUUUCCAAGUCAUCUAAGUGUAGAUGACUUGGAAACAUUUAGAAGUUAUUGGAUGAGGGUGAGUAUGAUCUAAAGAAUUAUGGAAGUCGAUCGGCCUCGACGUUGGAUAACACUCUACGAGGUCUCUGGGUAUUCAAUCUCAGGCGCGAGAAGUUCUUUUCGAAACCCGCUUCAAGCAACUAAACACUACAGCCAUUUUUCCGUAAGCUCACAAAACUCUUCAUUCGACUUGUUCCAGUCCCCCAAGCGGGCGUACGCCUGGCGCUUACAAACAACAAAGAAGUUCAGUUUCAUCGCGUGUCCAGUCUUCCCAUAAUUCUUCCGGUCAUACGAAAGCCGAAUCAAAUAUAUAUUUUUUUUAUAAUCCAUUCAAAAUAAUUCUCAGUUGGGAGUACGGCAACGAAAAGGAGAAGAUUUCGCCCUUCUCAAGCCUGAAGCUUCACAGCGAAUGGAGUUUCCUUCGACACGGUCCCCAGCUAACUAAACCACAAGCUACGCGCACAAAGACUAGGUCGUCUGGUCGAAAAGUGUCAAAAUUUAAGACUGGGGCGUAUGUAGACCGUGUUGUUCACAGUGGUCGAAACGUAUUUGGUGUUUCGCUUUAGGUUUUGCUUCAAACCAUCUUUCGUGUCAUUCGAUAGUUGGAGGGAACCUUGUAUUAGAAUAUCGUUAACAUAAAACGAAGUUUUUCUUUUUUCUUAGUUCAAAAUUUUAAAGCUGGUUGGCACUGAUAAUAACAGUUGUAGCUACGGUUAAACAAGCCUGCGGUUAAUAAGCAAGAUGACGUGCGUUUCAUUUAAGCAUGGGCGCGGCAUUGUUUAAGAAGGCUAUUUAAAGACUUAUAUGAUAUAUGUAUAAUCCUGAUUCGACUUUAAAAAACCUAAAAAUAAUUCAAGGAAGUUAAAUUAGUAUCAAUAAACUUCAUUGUUGAACUUUGCUUUGCACAAAUCUUCUGAUCUCUUUGUUUUCAGUGAGAGUUCUACAAAUGAUCUGGGUCGUGCUGAUUUGAAUCACAACCAAUGAGAAGACAGCUUAGGUCAUGGAGGUGACGUUUUCAGGUCAGUCUGCGUGUGACCUAUGGAACUUGCACAGCGUGACCUAUUGCUUAGUGUUACGCACUAUUGUGGCACUGUAACGCACUCCGAUUUAAAUUUAAUUCAAUCAUCGUUUUUUCUUUAUUUAGUUCAAUUAAAAUCUCAAGUCAUUUUAUAUAAAUGAAUAAAAACAAUCAAUCAUCUAACCAUAACAUCAUUCAGAAUUUUAAUAACGUAAUGUCCAUAUUGUGCGUAAUUAAUCCUACUUCUCUCUUUUUAGUUGUUGCUUUUGCUUUUAACAUAAUUACAAGUUCGAUUUAUUACAUGUAUAUGUAUCGUAUUCGUUAGGGUGUCCUCCGUGACGAGGUGAAGCUUUUGUGGUAAUCAAAAUCUGCGACGUCUAAAUUGGUCCAAACAGAACUAACUUAACAAGGAAUAACAGCGCCUGAUAAUGUGGCAGGUCAUUCAAGUUGCCUAAGUAAAAGCUAGGAGUAAAUGGUGCUCAUCAAUACUAUCAGUUUAUUAAUUCUACUUCGUGGCAAAAAUGGAAACGGUCUUGCUAAACUUGCCACAUUGGCGCGCUUUUUUCAGUGAACAAAUGAAAUUGAAUUGAAUGCGCUUUGGCUUCAUGAUAAUUUGAGCAUAAGAGAAAUUUCGCACCGUACUCUCAAUUUGGACUAACUUCUAAUCAGUAAUGCUUUCCGCGUUUUUUAGUGCGCUAUUAAUUGCGCUAGUACUUCUCGUUCUUCUCAGUGCUAUUUUGAUAGAUCAAAAACUUCCUUAACAGGUUUUUAUUUCCUUGACCAGAAAGGUUACCAUAGCAACAUCUGAAACACCUUUAAUUUUAAGUUUAUUAGUUUGUAACACGAAAGCGAGGCAGUUGUUUAUGUGUGGAGCAGUGGUAGUCUAGUGGUAAAUAUAUCAGACUAUGGGGUUUUAGGGUCCGAAUUCAACCUUCCUAUUGUGUUGUUUCUUUAGCUGGGAAACUUUGCUUGUCCCUCUUUAAACAAGUGUGUGCAGCUGGGGGUAAACCUGCGAGGAAGUAACAUCCCGUCCAGGUGGUUCAGGUGCUUCAUCCUCCUGAAACUGCGGCAAGAUUCGGCGAUGGUAGCCUUUAUUGCCCGAGCCGCCCCAUUUUUUGUUAAAGUACAACUUUCGUGAAGAAAUUAAAGAAAAAUGUGUGGUUGAAAAUUUAUGAAAUGCUAAUGGCAAAAGAGUGACACCGAACUUGUAUUUGGUUGAUACACUUUUAAAGCUAAAACUGUCGGAGUUUUAGACAGGCUAUGCUGUUGCUAUGGCAACUUGAAAUGUCACAAAUAACCGUACCUUGUACACCAUUAAGAAAACAUUUCUUGAUACUUUUAUUGUGUUGUUAACAGAGGAGGGGUGGUUUUAUUGUGGUCUUAUCGAUUUAUUGAAGUUAAAGUGCUGAAAAUGGUGUUGCCAGCGGUCGUACAUGGUGCAGCAGCAAAUACUGUAAUACAAUUUUCUCAUACAUAAUCCUUCUUUUUUUGUUUGUUUGUUUUUUUUUUUUUCAGAAAACCAAGUAAGAAAAAGAGAAAAUCAACGAAAAAUGAGGAAGAACAAGCUAACGAUCUUCCACCUAUAACUUUCAAGGGAGGCAGAAAGGGCUUUAAUCUCAGCGAAUCUUUGCGCGGUUACCAUUCCUUUACGGACGAGGAGGAAAGUGAACAAAGAAGAAANUUAAUUCUACUUCGUGGCAAAAAUGGAAACGGUCUUGCUAAACUUGCCACAUUGGCGCGCUUUUUUCAGUGAACAAAUGAAAUUGAAUUGAAUGCGCUUUGGCUUCAUGAUAAUUUGAGCAUAAGAGAAAUUUCGCACCGUACUCUCAAUUUGGACUAACUUCUAAUCAGUAAUGCUUUCCGCGUUUUUUAGUGCGCUAUUAAUUGCGCUAGUACUUCUUAAUGAGGAAGAACAAGCUAACGAUCUUCCACCUAUAACUUUCAAGGGAGGCAGAAAGGGCUUUAAUCUCAGCGAAUCUUUGCGCGGUUACCAUUCCUUUACGGACGAGGAGGAAAGUGAACAAAGAAGAAAGAAUGAUCAGCGAGGUCUACCGAAUUUUAACCGAAAAGGGUCUUACCAGAGACUGAGUGGAGAAAAGGAUGUGGAAUUGGUGGACGGAAUGUUUGAAGACUCACCAGAAAAGGACAGGAAAAAGUCGGGUAAAAAGAAAAGAAGGAGAUCAAAAGGGAAUGACGACGAUGUAGUUUCUUAA